ACUUAUGCAGCAACAAAACUUAGUUCUAGUUUCGCACAAGAGAUGGAUUUAUGGUGGAAGCAGGAAUAGAAAGAGGUACCUCCGAACAUGGUCAGCUUUCACCCAUUUGUAUACUGUUUUUGUCUUCUGAGUUUUUUUUGGUCGUUUCUGUUUGUCUGUGUGGUGUUUCAAGUGACUCAAGCAGGCACGGAUCUUCUAGGAAAUUGCUCCAUCCACGAAGAUGAGCCAGGCUUACCACAUUUCGAUCCAGAGAAGUUUUCCGGCUAUUGGUACGAAUCCGUUAGAACGCGCAAUCCGUAUGAGGCAUCCACGGGUUCGCUCUCUUAUCUGGAUGUCGCAUCUUUUUUCCCAUGGCAGCCUGCUGCUGCGGCGAACAGGCAGAGAAGAUAUGAGAAUGAUGUCAUUUACCAUGCAGACGUCGCAUCUAGAAUUACUACGUCACAGGCCAAGCAAAGCGAGGACGGGUACCACACGAGUAAUACGAAGAAGCUUGGCACGACCAUCAGCAUGCAGCCAGCUGCCACAGCCGUAGACCCCUCAACGGCCUUGUUGCUGUCGACCACGGCUGCAGAGGAGAAACAGAAAGACACCAGCUACCUAAGUGAGCUGACGACAAGCUUUCACUACGCGCCACCGCUCGAUGAUCCGAGGGACUACGUAGUACACUGGUUCAACCCCUGCCUCUUGCACAUUCCUUUUCUUGUGAAAAAUAUUCCGCUUUGUAUUGAGGAUGUAAGCGACGCAGAAAAGCCUCGUUUACCUCUGUAUAAGCAGAAGACAACAGGCGUUGCUGAUCUAAGCGCUAGCAAGAACUUCCACAAUGCUGAUGACGGAAGAGCAAGAGCGAUGGCCGAAGUCGAUAUGAAGACCGUCGGAAAUGGAAAAACGCUCGAGCAGGUGGACAAAGCAGAGGACAUCAAUUACAAAGGCACGCUUGAAGAUAGGAGAAUUGAGGACGAAAAAAUGGUGUCCAAGCAAAACCGCAAGAGACCAACAAAAUACGUGCGCAUGCGGAUCCAUGCUCCAUCAAAUUUCCUCUGGAAGCAUCAUGACGCUGUGCUAUAUUGCAAACCGAAUGAAUAUGAAGACGAUAGCCAAGCUGGUGUCUCAGAUAAGCUGCCUAGUUGUUCACGAUCACGUUGAACGGCGAGUGAAAUAUGUUGACCCACCUAAAUGGCGGCCCUCGACCGAAUUCACACGACUGCUCUCAGCGUGAUAGUGAAAACAUAAAGAAAGCUAAUGUCGGAAACUGUGUUACCAGAUUUAGCUGGUUUCCUGCUUUAUUCACGCACCGCAUACUUGAGACCGAUUAUCAUACCUCUGCCACCCUCUAUAGUUGUGUCACCAUAGCGGGAUUUCUCAAAUUCGAGUACGCGUGUUAAGGCUGAUCCUGUCAAUAAUUCAUUUCGCACACCAAGCAAGAUUAUUUUCUCCGUUUCAUGUUCAUCGUUCUUGAAGAUGAAGUUGAGUAGCUUUUACUGAGAAAAUUACUCGUGCGACGUCGUGUGAAUUCUUGCCAGCUCCAAGCUCAGAUGCUCCGCCGCAAGCCUCAGCUGUCGCGUGCCUUACGAGCAAAAAGCAUUCAUUCGGAUGCCUCAAGAUUACAAGCACUGUUGCCGCGGUCGCAUCUCGUUUUCCCUUUCGGAGAAACGUAAGGUUCGCCUACAGGAGGUGUCGGAGAAGAUUCGUUUGAUCAGUCCACUAGCAAAAGAACGAGUUCCUCGCGACUGAUCAUCAGUCUUUGUUACUACUCGCCAUCUGUUGCUGUUCUCCUAUGUAAAUGUAUUUUGGAUGCAGCUUCAGUGUUAUUUAUACUAUCUUUCACUAUCAAUCUAUGUCUGUUCACGAUUAGCAUCGACACGUAUAAUCAUGUUUCACUACCACGAUGACCGCGUUUUGCACGAGAAUCAUCCAAGAAGAUCAUUCCGCAUGUAAUGAUAUAGGAGGUGCUUUGCGACACCAUAGCUGCUGCUUCUCGACAUUUUGUUGUAAAGGUCGAAUGACUUUCGAAGCCAUUGGCUUUCAAGGCCCACCUCCACGGCGUACCGACUCUAU